UCUUUGUCCUUCUUCUAGUUAACAGCAGAUCUAGUUUAUCAACAUUCCUGGCGUGACAGCGGCUGUGUCGUCACGGUGUCCGCGUGUUAUCUGACGGGAGUAUCAGUUACCUGCGCCAGUGUGCGAGCGUGCGUGUUCCCGCGGGCUGCUGUGUACCAGCCGAGAGGAUCCAGGUGGAGUUUUAAAACCGGAGAGACAUGGAUGAGGAGGCUCAGGACAGCGAGUGUCCGGUAUGUUUCGAGAGUCUUUCGGACAGCACGAGGACGCUCAGCUGCGGGCAUCACUUCUGCCAUGACUGCUUAGUACGAACUCUGCUGCACACCAGCCUGAAGGGAUCCAUUAAACGGGAUAAUAUCCUCUGCCCGGUCUGCAGACACCUGACAUUCAUCACAAAGCUCCACGGAUUCACAGUCUCAACGGUUGAAGCCAAAAAGAUCGGAAAGACACUGGAAGUACCCUCUUCUGUGUUCCCUCUUGGCUGUAUCUGCAGGUGUCUGAGGAGUAUUUCAUGUGGACUAUGUAGUCGAAGACUCGUCUGUCCUAAAGACACCUCAGAAGUGUUCAUCAUCAGUGAGCUGGGUCGACCCAUGACAGAGGGUGAUGUUACUGACAACGGGACAACUUCAGCCAUGCAGCAGGGCUACAGCAGCCAUGGACGGAGGCUUUGCACCAUCUCCUGCUGCCUUCUGAUCCUAAUGAUCACUUUCACCUUACUGGCUCUGGUGGCUGCCACACUUCCAUGGGUUUUGCUGGCUUGAAGUGUCCAGAACUGCUUGUAUGUGGUACCUCAUGUAAGAUAAAUCACUUUAAGAGCAGUAAAUAACAUUAUUAAGCCAUGUGUUCCUGAAAACGAGAUGGUUUCAACAAGACACAGUGAAUGUUUCAUAAAGAACAGACGGUUAUUAUGAGAUCUUCUCCAAGGCUUGUUCUGGCAUGUCUUGUGAAUGUCUUGAGGGGAGGCAUAAGGAGGUGGUUUCCUUACAAAACAGUCAAAUAUGUUACUCAACAGAUAAACAAAGGAUGAGCUAGUUCUGGAUCUGAAUGUGCUCUAAAGCGGUUGGUAAAACGUCACUGUGUUGAGUUACUGUGAGGAGACUGGGUCAUUUAAAGGUGAAGAAGAAAAGAUGAGCUGGUCGUCACUUGAUCUUGUAGAAACAAGGUGGGAUUCAGUUUCAAAUACCAUGGACACAGCAAGUUUGAGAAUGGAGGAUGGGGAAGGGUGGGAUGAGGCUUGCAUACCUGAAAGGAAUGAAGCAAACCCUCACCUGUCCAGAAAUUCUUGUCACACGGGCUAGCAAACGUCUUUAACUAGUUCCAGCCCUGAAAUGACUAAUGCAUCACAUUCUUCACAAGUUGACAGUCAUUACUUGACUGGAGGGUGUUUCUGUGACGUACCUGCACAGCAAUGCUAUCACAAUGCACUUCAGUAUCGGAUGUGUACGUGUUAGUUCACCCCGCUGACCCAUGUGUCUUCUCCCGGAGGCCAGUUAUAUUGCUCAAGUGAUUGCUCAGUUUGAAGUAUCAGUUUGUCCCAAAUGUUUUUUCUUUAAAGUCUUUCAGUCAAAUACACGCCAAUGAGACGUAGCCAACUGUAAAGAUGCAGGCAGGGUGUACAGUAUUCAGUCUUUUGCUGACAUACAAUAUAACACUUUACAAUAAAUGUGGAUAAUUUUCCUAUAGUCAACAUAA